AAAAUCCGCGAGGAAGAACUCAAAGAAGAAACAUGGCGGCCCGCAUAAGGCUGCCCUUGCUGCUCCCUAGAAGUUUUCCUCCUUUUAGAUCCCUGAAACAUGUCCACACCGAAGCAGCUGUGAAGGAGCCUCAGUAUCCGCCCAUAGUCGUCUCUCUGACUGCUAAAAGCAAAUCCGCCCGGCUGCGGCUGAACGAGGAGCGCAUUAAAAUGAUCUCCUCCUCUCCUGUGGAGGAGAAGCUGUCCCUCAUCACUCGCAACCAGCGGAUGAAAUUUGUCGUCUACCCUCAGACAUUCUCACGAAACCCGGACAGGUGGUACCAGCACUUCACCAAAACUGCGUACAUCCCGGGCCUUCCGGAGAAGUUCAACCCGGGUUCGGAGGGCUCCCAGUCGGCCGCGGAUCAACCGGCUGCCCCUGAGAUCGACGGUGCUGCGUUCAAUGAAAUCCGAGAUCUGGUCACCCGGGUGAUUUUACACGAGCACUGGCAUAAGACGAGGAAGCGCAAACCUUUUCUGUACAAACACCAGGAGCUGGUGAUCGGUCCCUUCCUGAAGACCCUGGUUUCUGAUCUCACCUACAGCCUGGCCAAAUACAACCCGCUGCUGCGGCUCUCCAGUCUGGAUCUUAGUCCACAGGUGAACUUUUAUUGGAGGAGGGGAAAGAGAAUAAUCCCGAAAGGCCACCGCAGAGGCCGACAGGAGCCAACCAGGUUUCAGAUCGAUGACCAUCCUCACAGCCAGAUCAGAAUACCUCAGCAGCUGCCGCAGUUUGCUCCACUGGAAGCGUCUUACACAGCUGAGGUCCCAGAAAUCCACCUGGCCCCCAACGUGAUGCCUCUGUUCAGAAGGCAAUAUGACAACAACAUCUUCACAGGAACAAAGCUGCCAGACCCAGCCUGCUACGGUCACACUCAGUUCCAUCUGGUACCGGACCGGUACCACAGAGACCGGCUGGCUCGGCAGCAGCAUUCGGACCAGGUGGAGCCCUUCCUCCGAGCCAAUGCCACCGCCAGCCUGUUUGCCUGGACCGGAGCUCAGGCCAUGUACCAAGGUUUCUGGGACUACCAGGACGUCACCAGACCCUUCGUGUCACAGGCCGUCAUCACAGACGGACAUUUCUUCUCCUUCUUUUGCUACCAGCUCAACACUCUGGCUCUGUCAGUGGAAACGGACGCCAAUAACCCCAGGAAGAACCUGCUGUGGGGCACAGAGAGCCUGCGUCUCUACGAGGGCGUGCAGGACGGCGCGGUGGUGGGGCUGGACGACGGCGUCCUCAGGCUUCUGGUUCAGUUCCUCAUGAACCGGCCUCACAGCUGAACGGGACACAAGCAUUCAGGAAGCUGCUUUUUUGUCACUAAAGCUGAAAAAUUUUGUUUACGGUUGUUUAAUCAACCGAACUCUAAACAGACUGAAUGCAGAUUCUUGCUUAAGAUGGAGAUUCUGAACAAUCAGAAGCUUCUCUGAAUAAUACAGUUGUUUCAUUUAUUCCUGUUACUUUGGCAUGUGAAGCUGAUGACUAUGACUGCUAUUGAAGAUGAGGAGGAGGGCGAAGGAAUAAAUUUCCACCAAAAAACUCAGAACUUCUAAUAUUAAUAUGAGAAAUCUUUUAGAAAAUGCAAGAUUUCUGAGCUUCAAUUAUUUAAAAUUUGCAAGAAAAAAAAUUUGGGAAUUUUUGAACUCCAAAGUUUGAGAGAAAAAAACCUCAGAAAUAUUGAGAUUAUUUUCACAAAAUAAGAAAAAAAACUUGAGCAUUCCUGAGUACAAAGUUGCUUUAAGGAGGCACCAAAUGUUCCCAUUUCAGCUUGUAGAGAAAAUGUGAUUUACUGCAAAACAACAGGUGUCAAUAAAGCAUCUGCCACCCUUUGA